ACAACGGUAAAUUCCCUAAAUCGACGUCAGCAAUUAACAAAUGUGCGGUUAUGUGUCACUGUUCGGCAUUUAAUAAAUACAUGUAGUUAUUUAUUGUAGAAGAAAUAGUUAUGUUGACAACAAAUGAGUGCUUAAACUUAGACGAUUAUGUGUUUAAAAGCUCCCCCGAGUCGUGCAGUGGCAACUCCUGUUUCACAGACUGCACCGAUCUUCCGUCAGAUGAAGAUUUUCUCCAGCAACUAUCAGCAGACUUAGACAUCCCACUGUUGCUAAAUCCCGGCGAAGAUGAAUUGAGUUUACUAAAUUCUUUCUUUGACAAGACUCCUGAGGAGAUCAUGUCAGAAAUCGCCCUUCCUUCGUCACCCGAAAUCAGCGACGAAGCCAAAUGGGACCCCGGGUCCCUUUGCUCAGAAGUUAAGAUCGAACCUGACAGUUUCAGUUCCUCAAGUUCAAAUAAAUCAAAUUCGCCGGUUCAGUCACCCGAUGUGAGAUUUUUCGAAAUUAAAGACGAGCUAAAAAACGAGCCGUUUUCGCCCCCUGGCGAGUUCGACUCAAACAUCGUCAUUCAAACAGUACAAAACCCUCUGAAAUUAUCACCCAAUAGCAAAGUAGUCCCGAUCCAGCCCAAAUUACCCGUAAGAAGCAAAGUAGUGGUUUUGAAAAACACCGAUCUCAAAAGAAGUGCCCCCACUGUGAGCCCGCCGCCGCCAAAAGUCGUGGUUUUGGAAAACAUCGCCACUGUCCCCAUAACCACCGCGCAAUUAACGCCAACAACUUUAAGCAACUCUAUUAUAAAUAAUUGCACAGUUCCGCCUGUUAUACUGAAAGGAAGUAAAAAUUUAGCGGUGGCAAACAUUGACCCGAAAAUAAUAAAGCGCCACCAACGCAAAAUCAAAAAUCGCGAGUCGGCGUGCUUAUCGCGAAAAAAGAAAAAAGACUACUUGACAUCAUUGGAAAACCAAGUUAAAGACUUGACCACGGAAAACCAACAACUCAAAUUGGAAAAUCAACAAUUGAAAGAGCGCUUGAAAAAAUACGAAAGCAAUCCGUCACAAUCAAGUAACAUAAAAACAGGCAUUGUCUUGUGCAUGUUCCUGUUUUCUGUGGCCUUUAAUUUGGAUUACGUCAGAAAUCCGUUUUUUGCCAAAAACCAGGCCAAUCGGAUUAAGGACAAUUCACCCAAGGUUUUAGACCAUCAUGGGAGAAACCUACUGUGGGCUCCUGACGUAGAAGAGAAGAACAACUCAACCUUUUCACCCUUCUCCAUGUGUCCUGCCUCAGUCAACCAGACCGAGAGUGCGAGACUAGCCUUAGAGUUAGAAAGGUGGAUUGGAAAGCCGAAAGAAAGCGUUCCUUUAAACACGACGCGCUUGAGUGUCGCUAAUAAGUCGCGCAGUUUGCGCCGAAAGAAGGCCAAAAAAUACGAGACCUCGUUCAUUUCGUCCAUGUACGACACCCAAAGCGUCGCCAAAAAGCUCUCAGUCGAGCCAAAUAACGAGCUCCAGGUGUUUUCGCCGACUCCUGAGCAGCUUUAUAGUGAAUUUUUCGAAGCAAUAAAUCGGCAAGACGACACUUUUUAUGUCGUCUCAUUCAGCGAACAUCACAUGCUAUUGCCGGCUCUUCACCACAAUAAGACCAGAAGGCCGAAGAUGUCGCUUAUAAUGCCCGCAGUGUUGCCCAGUGGUAACACGACUCAACCCAGUUUGGUUCCUUUAAUGCAAAUCGAUUGCGAGGUUUUGGAUACGAGAUUAAUACAAAUUAGGUACGGGUCUAUCCCGCAACAUUUACGAAAACACGGAAAUGCGACAUAUCAGGGUAAUGACAGUGUGACCAAACCCAGUGAAACUGCGGCGAAUUACACGGCAAGGAAAGCCUACAGGCCGUAUUUUAUCAAACAUAAGGCCGUAAGGGCCAGUGGGCAAGAUUUUUAUAAUUGAGUUUCAGCAAACCAAAAAUUUUAAUUAGGGUUUUUCAGUGAAAUUGUGAUAUGAUUUGUAUUGUGGUCUCAAAUAAAAUUUUUCAGGAAGUG